AUGGCCCAACUGGCGAUUUGCGUAUUCUUUCUUUUCAUUUCCACCAAUGGCGUUACAGCGCAAAUUGGCGGAACGAUCACCGCGUCGAGCAAUUGUAAGCGGGUGCAGUGUGGCGUGAACGAGAUUUGCAAUUCGUGUGGCCAAGUGUGCGAGCAGCGAUGCGGACAUCCACUUAUCUCACCACAAUGGACUGCUCGAAAGGCCGAAGCAGAAGAAGCGCCGACUGGCCGUUCGAUUGGAACUGAU